CGGUUUCAGCUAGUUAGCUAGCCUAGCCGCUGAGCUCUGACACGGUCUGAUGCAGAAAUGCUCUUCCAACGGGGCGCUGCGUCUAGUCAGCUAGGCUAGCUUCUCGGAUUGGGAAAGAAAAUAUUUGACCGCUGGCUUGCGAGGACUGUGGACAUCCGUUGCGAGCAUCUUUUUCGAGACGCCUGCAUCAAUACAAUAUAUUUAAAAGGAGAUAAGAAGAGGUGGCCAUCAGCAGUCAGGUCUGCAGAAGUAUCAGAACGGCUUGUUCUCAGCUUUGAUGCAGAACAGUCUCCCUAGGUCAAGAUGACUGAAGAGGUGAUUGUCAUCGCCAAGUUCGACUACAUGGCCCAGCAGGACCAGGAGCUGGACAUCAAGAAGAACGAGCGCCUCUGGCUGCUGGACGACUCCAAGUCCUGGUGGAGGGUCCGGAACGCCACCAACAAAACUGGCUUCGUCCCGUCCAACUACGUGGAGAGGAAAAACAGCGCUAGAAAAGCUUCGAUUGUCAAGAACCUCAAAGACACACUCGGAAUUGGGAAGGUAAAGAGCAGGAAGGGAGGGAUGAGAGACACCGCUUCCAACGCCGACACGGAUAUGAGCACCGAUAACGGCGAGAGGCUGUACGACCUCAACGUGCCCGCUUUCGUCAAGUUCAGUUACUCUGCGGAGCGCGAGGACGAGCUCUCUUUGGUGAAGGGCACGCGGGUGGUGGUGAUGGAGAAGUGCAGCGACGGCUGGUGGCGCGGCAGCUACAACGGACGGUCUGGCUGGUUCCCGUCCAACUACGUGACGGAGGACGUGGAUGGGACGGCGGGGGGAGGGGGCAUGGGCGGCCUGGGCGAUCCGGCUGCCGGAUCGCUGACUGAGAAGCUGGUUGACGUGGUAAGAAGCAGCACGAACGGGAACAGAGUGUUGCACACGGUUCAGGCGCUUUACCCCUUCAGCACUGGCAAUGACGAGGAACUGAACUUUGAGCGGGGCGAGGUGAUGGAGGUCAUAGAGAAACCAGAGAACGACCCAGAAUGGUGGAAGUGCCGCAAAGCAGACGGACAGUUGGGCCUGGUGCCUAAGAACUACGUUACUGUUCUUGACUCCAGCUCCCAUAAAUCCACAGCAGGGCCAGCCGGGCCUCCAACGCCUGACUGUGACUACAUCUCGCCCUCAGGCAGCGGGCGCUUUGCCGGGAAGGAGUGGUACUACGGAAAAGUGACGCGCCACCAGGCAGAGGUGGCGCUAAAUCAAAGAGGCACGGAGGGAGACUUCCUCAUCCGAGAUAGCGAGUCAUCGCCAAAUGACUUCUCCAUCUCCCUAAAGGCGCAGAGCAAGAACAAGCAUUUCAAAGUGCAGCUGAAGGAGAACCUUUACUGCAUCGGACAGCGCAAAUUCAACUCUAUGGAAGAGCUUGUCGAACACUACAAAAAGGCUCCCAUCUUCACCAGUGAGCAGGGAGACAAACUGUACCUGAUCAAAGCCCUGGCAGCAUCCUGAUCCGAUCCUCUCACACACACACACACACACACACACACACACGCAUACGUGCACGUGUGCAAGCACACACACAUGCACAGAGAUUAAUGGCUUCCAUAUAUAAAACAGAUCCUUACACCAGAACACACACUAACAUUUCUGCUCCAAGCCUGAAGACUUAACACAUCAUCAGGACUUAAAUGGCCACUUUGUGAACAUUCCAAGAGGAGAUAUGGAAAAAAGCAUGGGAGAGACUUCGAGAGAGGGCUGAAGAAAAGACUUUACAGACCCCGAGAGAUGACUACAGGCCUCUUGGUCGCAUUUUAAAUUAUCCACGUUAGGUCAUAGGCAACGGCAUGUAUUUCACCCUUGGUAUCUAUUAGGGUUUCAUUUAGAUUUCUUUAUGUUGAUAAUAUAUAAUCUUUUUUUUUUUUAACAAUUUCCUUUAAAGAUGUGAUUUUUAUUUUUUUUUUAAACUACACGACUGAGAUAUUUUUAGAUGACGACUUACUCAGAGCCAUGCCUACAAGUCUUACACGUUGACUCACUUUAAUGUUUGUCUUAAAGCUUUUUUUUUUUUU